AUGGAUAAUUCCACUCUUUAUAGCAGUGAAGAUUUGAAUUGGCUUCUUAUCAGAAACUAUAACUCGUUUUUGGUAAAACGUAAUGGCGCACAAUUUUCUUCCGAACCUAAUAAUUUGACAAACUUGCAUUCUUUCAAAUAUUCAGGACUUGCUUGUAACAAGACAAUUGGUAUAAGUCCCGCACCUGAUAAUAGAGGUGUGAUUGUAAACGCAAGAAAGAGCAAAGUUGAAUCUUUUCAGCCGGCAAAAUCUACUCACAAAGUCACCCUUUCAAAGGGUACUCGUAGAUCAGCCAAAAGUUUCACCAACACUUUUACUCGCGCUGGAUAUCGCCCUGAUUUACGCAAGGAGGCUCUAGCUCGUAUUUCGGCUAUAUAUCAAACUCAAAGACCAAUUAAG